AAUAAGGGAAGUUCUACUGGGAGAUGUUCCCCCUCAACGUACCUAAACCUGUUUCUCAGUUUGCAUCGUUGUAUGCCCGGUUUGUGGCGUUUUCGCAACAAAGAAGAAAUCGCUAAGAACGUGCAGCGAAGGAAACAAUCAUAAGAAGAUUCGACAUGGCGCUGUCAAAGACAAGGAUCAAGCUCACGCUCAAGCUGUUCUUUGUGGCUUUUUUCAUUCAGAGCGCGGUUCGUCUUUAUGCGUCUUGCAGAGAUGCAGUAAUGCUUCGUCAGAAUGAAGCUCUAGAAAAUCCCAUUGAAAGCAUUGUACCCAUCCUGCGGUUCGCCACCAGUGUCAUUUUGUUUCCUGCUCUUUUCCUUGCCCUCGAGAGGGGCCUCAAGUACUUGCUGAUAAUCUGCAUCGACUGGCUGGUAGUCCUGUCCUCGUUUGACGCUUACACGUCAUUUUAUACCACUACUGAAUUUCUGGGCGUGCUCAGAGAGGAAAGCAUGCAGGACAACGCGAAAGCUAUUACAAAUACUAUGGUUUCGACGCUCUUCACCUCUGCUUACGAACUUGCCAAUAUAUCUGCUAGGGCCUACAUACUGACUACUCUGGUUGUUCGUUACCACAGCAUGCACAGACAAGUGGAGCUCCCUUCAGCGCAACCCAGUUCAUCCAAAGGGAGCUCUGGCUGAGAUCAGCUGGAUUUUCGUUACUCAUUGCGUCGUGUAAUGCUGUUUUUCGUAGUACUACUAUAGUAUUUGAAUAUAUGCAAGUGUACACAGCGGUGCAAGAACGCCAACGCUGCUGCGUACACUGUAUACCUAGAGAGGACAUUAAAUGCAGCUGACUUUUGCUAGGAGGGGCGUCGGAAAGCGGACGCAAACCACGUAUAGGUGUAGGUCGUGUAGAAUGGUGCAUUUUUACAGGAGUCUCUUGCCUGCUUCUGAAGCACAAUAUUCGCCAUGUUAUGGUAACGUUGAUCGUCUAGUCACGGGUUGUAUACGCGUUUUACAUAGUGAAACAUUUCAAGACUUGUGCUUUCGUUGUUCGAAAUAUAAAGAUUAUAUAUAAAGGUUGGGCA